CACAAUUAGAUUUUGAUAUCUGACUUGUGAACUUUCUCUGCAGUGUUAAUCAGAACAAUGAGACACACUUCGGUUCUGCUUCUUCUGCUUCUCCUGGUGACAGCCUUGGCUUAUGAAUACAAAAAUGUGGCUUUACGUGGCAAAGCAACUCAGUCUCAUCGGCUCCAAUCAGAGUUUAGUGUGGAUGCUUACAAUGCUAUUGAUGGAAACCGAAAUUCUGACCUGAGACGGGGAUCUUGCACCCACACUGGACCACAAGCACACCCCUGGUGGAGAGUGGACCUGCUGGAGUCCUACGUUGUCACUUCCAUCUCUGUAACCAACAGAGGAGACUGCUGUGCAGAAAACAUUAAUGGAGCAGGGAUUCAUGUAGGAAACUCCCUACAAGACGAUGGUACAUCAAACCCAGUGGUUGCUGUAAUUUCUGGCAUCCCACCUGGAAGAACUUUGAGAAUAACUUUUACCAGUCCUGUGGAGGGCCGUUAUGUGAUUGUGUCACUGCCUGGUUUUAACAGGGUGCUUACACUCUGUGAGGUGGAGAUCUAUGGUUAUCGUGCUCCAACUGGAGAGAAUAUAGCAAUUUAUGGAAAAGCUACUCAGUCGUCAUUGCAUACUCAUGGCAUUGCCUACAACUCUAUUGAUGGGAAUCGUGCUGGUCACUGGGGCAAAGCUUCUUGCAGUCAUACAAUACAUGAAUUUAAUCCCUGGUGGCGACUGGACUUGGGAAAAACCCAUAAAGUGUUCUCUGUCAGUGUAACCAGCAGCGUGGAAGCCUACUUACGACUUCAAGGAGCUGAAAUUCGUAUUGGUGACUCACUUAAUAACAACGGCAACAAUAAUCCCAGGUGUGCUGCGAUCGGAGUCAUCUCUCCAGGUUUUACUCAAAACUUUCAGUGCAAAGGAAUGAAUGGUCAAUACAUUAACAUUGUCAUUCCUGGAAGAACUGAGUAUCUCAUCUUGUGUGAAGUUGAAGUCUACGCAUCAAGACUAGAUUAACUAAAUAGAUCUGCCACUCCUUUAAAUGUUAUUUUUGUAGAAAAACAUGUCUUCAUCUAAUUUAAUGACUAGAUCACAAUAUUCAGUGACAGCUGCAAAUUCUUUGACUAGAACCUGAUUCAAUCACUUUAUGUCGCUGUACUGCUGCUUUUAUGAAAAAUACUUAUUGAAAAUCCAAAAAGUAAAAACAAUAAUCUUGUUAAUUAAUUUACACGCGUGUUUUGUGUAACCAAUUCAGUAAUUUUUUAUUUUUUAUACGUUGAUGCAGAUAUGAUGAGAAAGGACCAAUAAUCUGCCAGAGCAGCAGCAAUUUGGUUAGAUAAUGUAGCAUAUAUAUGUAGAUAUCUGGAUUUAAAUAUUGAUUAAUUAAAUUAAAUCCAUUUUGUAGUCUUUAUAUUUACUUUUUAUCUUUUGUUUAUAAUAUCAACAUUUAUAAUUGAUAGUCUAAUGGACUUUCGUUCCUAAGCAGAAUGCUUAGCAUAAAUAAAUUGUUAAAAUUUCUUGUGUGGAAAUGGCUAUUGAUGUGCAAAUCUAUGCUUAAAGUGCAGUGCCAAAUAAAGUGCUAGUUUUAGUAAAGUGCAAAAGAUGCUAUGCGAGUUACUUAAGUAAAAAAUGUAGUCCCAGUAAUGAAAACCUUAAAGGAGAAAAUGUGAACAGAUUUUGUGUUUUACAUAUUUCUAACAUGAAAACAACGUUAAGUGAAAUGUUU